CUCGGUUAUCUCCGGCAGUGUGAAGUGCACUGGGGUAGGGAGUGUGGAGGGGUUUGGGAGCGGGCCGGUGGGGAUGAUGAUGCAGAGUUAGCUCCGGGUUUAACCGUCACCACAGAGCCGCCUAUCCUCCUGCACCGGGCUGAGCUGUAAGAGUGUGUGUGCAUCAUGAGCUCAUAUUUUGAUGAACAUGACUGUGAGCCCACAAACCCAGAGGAGCAGUACAGACAGAACGCCCUGCUGGAGCUGGCCAGGUCUCUGAUGCAGGGUUUGGACGUGGACUUUGGAUCUCUGGACGUUUCCGAGUGGGAUCAGCGUCUUCCUCCUCCUGCAGCCAGAACUGUAGUGCAGAGUCUUCCUCUGUGUGUCAUCUCCCCACAGCAAGCAGAUAAAGGGCUGAAGUGUCCUGUGUGUCUACUGGAGUUUGAGGAGCAGGAGACGGUGCGAGAGAUGCCCUGCAAACAUCUGUUCCACUCUGGCUGCAUCCUGCCCUGGCUGGGAAAGACUAACUCGUGUCCUCUGUGUCGACUCGAGCUGCCCACGGACAACCCCGACUACGAGCAGUUUAAAAAGGACAAGGACCGGAGAAAACAGAGAGAACAUCGUCUGGAGGAUCUUCAUGGGGCCAUGUACACAUGACACACAUGACACACACACACGCUUUAAAUGCAGGGUUUAAAUCAUGACAUGUGGCUUUGACAUGCUGCUGUCUCUCAGAUGCAAGUACGUUGGACCAGGUUUAUAUAAAUAUAUAACUGAACUGUACACAUAGUGCUUUUUAUUCUUAUUACUGUCAUUAGGUUUUAUAAUAAAUAUAAUAUCAACCUUUACACUGCUCUUAUACAAUCAAAAUAAAUCAGGAUUUCCCAUCAACUGCAGGAAAAACGACAGAUUAUUAUUAUUAUUAUUUAUUCAUUCAUCAUUCAGAUUGUAAUCAAGUAGAAAUAUCUGAUCAGAGAGAAAUCAUCAAAACCAUACAGAAAUCUUACUUUUUAUUUUUCCUUCUUUUUAAUACACAAAGUGAUUUAUAAAAUAAAAAAUACUCUCUGCACCGGUUUAUAUUUCAGAUUUGGAAAUUUGAUCCUUCGAUCCUAAACGAGAGAUUGUGCCGAUUUAAAAAAAUACACAUUUUAAAAGACCUCAGUAAAAGUGUAAGAGGCUGCGGGGAGAAAAAGGGAAAAAAAAAAAAAAGAAUCGUACAGAAUGAAUGAAUAAAAGUGAUUUGAGUUUUACUAAA